UGUUAAAGCAAGUUAUGACUUUGCGCCGUUAUGGCUGCGCGCCGUUUUGUCCCUUUAUAUUCUCCCUUUAUAUUUUCCCUUUACAUUUUAUCUGUUUACUAGAAAGUUUUUGCCAACAAAAAAAAUUUUUUGGGUUUUUCUUCCUUUUUUAAGACUUCAAAAGACUUUAAAACAAAAACUUCCCUUCUUUUCUUUUAAACCUUCCCUCCCUCUCAUUUACAUAAAAAUUCUAUUUUUUACCCAGUCUAACCGGAUAUACACACAAAACAAUUUUUUUCCUUUUUUUCAGACACACACAAAUACACACAUUUUACUUGACAGCAAACAGAAAAAAUAAAUAAAUUUAUUUGAGGAUAUUCCCUUUCCUUUUCUCUUUUUUGACAACAAGAGUCAAAGCACUUUUACUUGAAAUAAGCUAAACGAGAAAUAAAAGAAAAAAGGUUUUGGGGGCAGACAUUUUACAACAAACACAAAAAUGAUUUAUAAUUCUUUAUAGCUUAUUUUGGGAGGAUUUUCUUCUUUUUUUAUUGAUUUUUCAAGAAAAUUAGCUUCAAAGAAUUUCUCCAAAAAAUCCCCCUUCCCCCUCUAAAUGUGCACAAAAGACAACACAAAUUCAAAACAAAAUGGAUCUUCUUCAACUUCAAAGGAAACAGAAGAAUAUCCUAAACCUUCGUCUUCCAAAGAUUAUAAUAAGGAGGCUGGAAAGGCUGCAAAUGGGGAUAGAAUAAGAGACAAAGACGGGUACAGACAGAGAGCGGCUGCUUUCUGUCUACGAUUAUCUUCAAAUGAUUGCGAUAACCAAAAUAUUAUUAUUGAUGAAUUUGGCAAUAUUCAAAGUGUUAAAGCCCCUCUAGAAGUUCUUUUGGUUAGCGGAAGGAGGGAUGGAAGUGCUGAAAAUUAUUGGGUAUUGCCCGGGGGAGGUGUUGAAUUGAAGGAAAGUACAGAAGAAGCUGUUGUUCGCGAAUUAAGGGAAGAGGCUGGAAUACAGGGCCAAGUGUUAUUCCAAAUUGGAAAAUUUAUUGUAAGAAUGAUUUUUUAUUUUAAAUUUUUUGGAAAGAUGUUUAAAAGUGGAUGGGCUAAUGAACGAAGGUUUUGA